GAUGCUAGCUGUGACUGUUGUAGGCAUAACCUUUCUACUUUUAUAAUAGUUCCUAAUAGGAAUUGUCUCUAAUUUAAGAUGAAAUGUUUAAUUUUUUUAUUUUUUGUUUAGACAAUAAAAUGCUAUCAUCAAAAAGUCCACUGGAGACGCUGAAUGAGCAAUUCCCAGGCCUGCAGUUCAAACUAAUUCAGCAGAGUGGGCCACUCCAUGCCCCAGUGUUUACAGUUGGGGUUGAAAUAAUUGGUAAAUCCUUUGAAGCAUCAGGUCCUUCCAAGAAGACAGCUAAACACCGUCUAGCAGAAAAGGUUCUAAAACAAGUUGUAGAAAAAUGUAUGGAAAAUCCUGUAGAAGAACUGAAUAGCCUACGAGAAGGGCUGGAAUACAAAGAGUUGGCUAAGACUGGUGACCGUCGCAAUAGGUGCUAUGUCAUGGAGCUUGACGUUGAUGGGCAUACAUUUACUGGUAGAGGUCGAAAUAAGAAAAGAGCAAAGGAAAACGCUGCAAUGGCAGUACUCAGAAAUUUCUGGUGUGAUAAAACAGCUCCUGCUAAGGCAGAUAAAACUAUGUCUGUGAAAAGUGCAGCAACAGAGGUCAAAGGCAGUGUGAUAAGUACCACUAUCCCAGACUCUGAAGACACUGAAGAGAACAUCCCUGGCAGUCAGCACAAGACAGAUGUGGGCAGUGAGAAAAGUACCACUGUUCCAGACUCUAAAGACAAUGAAGAGAACAUCCCUGGCAGUCAGGACAAGACAGAUGUGGGCAGUGAGAGAAGUACUGCUGUUCCAGACUCUGAAGACACUGAAGAGAACAUCCCUGGCAGUCAGGACAAGACAGAUGUGGGCAGUGAGAAAAGUACAACUGUCCAAAAUGCUGAAGACAUCAUAGCUUGUAGUCAUGUUGAGGCUGCUGCAGGCACUGAGAGAAACACCACUGUCUUAGAUGAUGAACUCAACAUCCCCUGCACUGAGGACAUAUCACUCAUGUACAGAGAGAAAAUAAUCAUUGAAGAUGUUGUACCCUGCAGUAAGCCCAAAGCUGAUGUGGGGAGUGAGAGAAGUACUGCUGUUCCAGACUCUGAAGACACUGAAGAGAACAUCCCUGGCAGUCAGCACAAGACAGAUGUGGGCAGUGAGAGAAGUACUGCUGUUCCAGAAUCUGAAGACACUGAAGAGAACAUCCCUGGCAGUCAGGACAAGACAGAUGUGGGCAGUGAGAGAAGUACUGCUGUUCCAGAAUCUGAAGACACUGAAGAGAACAUCCCUGGCAGUCAGCACAAGACAGAUGUGGGCAGUGAGAGAAGUACUGCUGUUCCAGAAUCUGAAGACACUGAAGAGAACAUCCCUGGCAGUCAGGACAAGACAGAUGUGGGCAGUGAGAGAAGUACCACUGUUCCAGACUCUGAAGACACUGAAGAGAACAUCCCUGGCAGUCAGCACAAGACAGAUGUGGGCAGUGAGAGAAGUACUGCUGUUCCAGAAUCUGAAGACACUGAAGAGAACAUCCCUGGCAGUCAGGACAAGACAGAUGUGGGCAGUGAGAGAAGUACUGCUGUUCCAGCCUCUGAAGACACUGAAGAGAACAUCCCUGGCAGUGUGGGCAGUGAGAGAAGUACCGCUGUUCCAGCCUCUGAAGACACUGAAGAGAACAUCCCUGGCAGUCAGCACAAGACAGAUGUGGGCAGUGAGAGAAGUACUGCUGUUCCAGAAUCUGAAGACACUGAAGAGAACAUCCCUGGCAGUCAGGACAAGACAGAUGUGGGCAAUGACAGACGUACUGCUGUUCCAGACUCUGAAGACACUGAAGAGAACAUCCCUGGCAGUCAGCACAAGACAGAUGUGGGCAGUGAGAGAAGUACCACUGUUCCAGAUUCUAAAGACACUGAAGAGAACAUCCCUGGCAGACAGUACAAGACAGAUGUGGGCAGUGAGAGAAGUACUGCUGUUCCAGAAUCUGAAGACACUGAAGAGAACAUCCCUGGCAGUCAGGACAAGACAGAUGUGGGCAGUGAGAGAAGUACCACUGUUCCAGACUCUGAAGACACUGAAGAGAACAUCCCUGGCAGUCAGCACAAGACAGAUGUGGGCAGUGAGAGAAGUACUGCUGUUCCAGAAUCUGAAGACACUGAAGAGAACAUCCCUGGCAGUCAGGACAAGACAGAUGUGGGCAGUGAGAGAAGUACCGCUGUUCCAGACUCUGAAGACACUGAAGAGAACAUCCCUGGCAGUCAGGACAAGACAGAUGUGGGCAGUGAGAGAAGUACCGCUGUUCCAGACUCUGAAGACACUGAAGAGAACAUCCCUGGCAGUCAGCACAAGACAGAUGUGGGCAGUGAGAGAAGUACUGCUGUUCCAGAAUCUGAAGACACUGAAGAGAACAUCCCUGGCAGUCAGCACAAGACAGUUGUGGGCAGUGAGAGAAGUACUGCUGUUCCAGAAUCUGAAGACACUGAAGAGAACAUCCCUGGCAGUCAGCACAAGACAGAUGUGGGCAGUGAGAGAAGUACCGCUGUUCCAGACUCUGAAGACACUGAAGAGAACAUCCCUGGCAGUCAGGACAAGACAGAUGUGGGCAGUGAGAGAAGUACUGCUGUUCCAGAAUCUGAAGACACUGAAGAGAACAUCCCUGGCAGUCAGCACAAGACAGAUGUGGGCAGUGAGAGAAGUACAACUGUCCAAAAUGCUGAAGACAUCAUAGCUUGUAGUCAGGUCGAGGCUGUUCCAGGCACUGAGAGAAACACCACAGUCUUAGAUGAUGAAUGCAACAUCCCCUGCACUGAGGACAUAUCACUCAUGUACAGAGAGAAAAUAAUCACUGAAGAUGUCGCACCCUGCAGUAAGUCCAAGGCUGAUGUGGGCAGUGAGAGAAGUACUGCUGUUCCAGACACUGAAGAGAACAUCCCUGGCAGUCAGGACAAGACAGAUGUGGGCAGUGAGAGAAGUACUGCUGUUCCAGAAUCUGAAGACACUGAAGAGAACAUCCCUGGCAGUCAGGACAAGACAGAUGUGGGCAGUGAGAGAAGUACUGCUGUUCCAGACUCUGAAGACACUGAAGAGAACAUCCCUGGCAGUCAGCACAAGACAGAUGUGGGCAGUGAGAGAAGUACUGCUGUUCCAGAAUCUGAAGACACUGAAGAGAACAUCCCUGGCAGUCAGGACAAGACAGAUGUGGGCAGUGAGAGAAGUACCGCUGUUCCAGACUCUGAAGACACUGAAGAGAACAUCCCUGGCAGUCAGGACAAGACAGAUGUGGGCAGUGAGAGAAGUACCGCUGUUCCAGACUCUGAAGACACUGAAGAGAACAUCCCUGGCAGUCAGCACAAGACAGAUGUGGGCAGUGAGAGAAGUACUGCUGUUCCAGAAUCUGAAGACACUGAAGAGAACAUCCCUGGCAGUCAGGACAAGACAGAUGUGGGCAGUGAGAGAAGUACUGCUGUUCCAGACUCUGAAGACACUGAAGAGAACAUCCCUGGCAGUCAGGACAAGACAGAUGUGGGCAGUGAGAGAAGUACCGCUGUUCCAGACUCUGAAGACACUGAAGAGAACAUCCCUGGCAGUGUGGGCACAAGACAGAUGUGGGCAGUGAGAGAAGUACCGCUGUUCCAGACUCGGAAGACACUGAGGAGAACAUCCCUGACAGUCAGGACAAGACAGAUGUGGGCAGUGAGAGAAGUACUGCUGUUCCAGAAUCUGAAGACACUGAAGAGAACAUCCCUGGCAGUCAGCACAAGACAGAUGUGGGUAGUGAGAGAAGUACAACUGUCCAAAAUGCUGAAGACAUCAUAG